UUGACGUGUCUGAAAGGGGACUUAUUUAUCAGCUGUUAAUUAAUAAAUUAAAAAGUCAAUAAAAAAUAGAUGUUAAUUCGUUUUCCUUUAAAGGAUAUUUCCACGAGUUUUAAAAACGAUAAUAAGUUCUUGAACAUAAAAUAAGAUUUUGAAACGAGUCAACAGUCCGAGUUAAGACUACUGCCAAAAAAAUGGUGAUUAGCUUACUAGUACGUGCCGGCAUUGUUGUUGGUGCCGUAUAUUACUCCAAGAAACUGGGAGUAUGGGGUAGCUCCGAAGAAACCGAAAAAUUGUAUAACGAGUUAAAGGAAGGGUUGCGUCCACAUGCAAAAGAGCUGGAAAAGAAACUGCCUUUUGAUGUACCCGCUCUACCUCAAACUGGAGAAGCUCGAUUCCUGGCUAAGCACUACUACAACGAGGGUGUAAAAAAAACGUUUCAUUUCAUUGAAAUGCUUCCGUGUUACACCGGGCAAUUAAUUCAUAAAGCCAAGGUAGAAUUUGAAAGAUUCUCUCAACCUCCAUCUUCGAGCACUGAUAAAUAAAGUUGUACAUACAAAACUUGGUAUAUUGUAAAUUCUACACUAAUUGAUUGACCAAUACACACUAUUAAAUUAAUUUAAAAAA